AUGGCCUCCGAGCUAGGGCUACCGCCGCCGGCGAAAGGCCCACCGGCGACAUUCACCACCAUUUCCGCUAUCAGCGACGACCUCCUCUGCGAGAUCUUCCUCCUCCUUCCCUCCCUACCGAGCCUCGUCCGGGCCGCCCUCGCCUGCCGCACCUUCCUCAACGCCGUCCGCUCGUCCCCCGCCUUCCGCCGCCGCUUCCGGGCGCUCCACCCACCGCAGCUCCUUGGAUUCUUCGGAGAACCCUGCCGCGCCCCCGUACCUCCCUUCGUCCCCCUCCGCAGCCGCUCCGACCCGGACCUCGCCGCCGCCGUCCGCGGCUCCGAUUUCUUCCUCACCCGUCUCCCGGAAGACAGCGGCGACUCCACCCUCGGGUGGAAGCUACAUAGCUUCCACGCCGGCUACGUCGUCCUCGUCAAAGAUGCCACCCACCAGAUCGCUGCCUACAACCCUGUCACGCAGGCGCUGCAUCUGUUACCCCGGCCGCCCGAGGAGAUCCUAUUCUCCGACUCUCUUGAGGCCCACAUUGUCUUCCCCGAAGAGGACCAGCGGGUGUUCCGUAUGGUCUGUGUCCAACACCAGAGCACGCGCCAGCGGGCGCCGGCUUGCGUAGCUGUCUUCUCAACGGUGACAAGGGAGUGGCAGGUUUUCCCAUGGGUGGAAACCCCGCCGCCACCGCCACACGACAUUAUCAAGUUUUACCCUGGCACGCAGCUGAAUGGAUUCGUUUACUGGAAGCACACGAGUCGACCCUAUGUACUUGUUCUCAACACUGCGACAGUGCAAUUCUCUAGACUGGAUUUGCCGCCAUUCUUGGGACAGAUUAGCUCUACGCGAUUCAGACUUGGUCAGACCAAGGAUGGGAUGCUAUGUAUGGUUGGCAUAGAUCUCUCUGAUGCAGAGAGAGGAACGCUUCAUGUUUGGCUUUGGAGAGCUGAUGACGAUGGUGUUCAGAAAUGGGUUCUGGGAGAUACUUUUCUGCUCACUACAUUUAUUGAUGCCACUAAGGAUGAUCCCACAGUGUACAUUGAGGCGGUUAUCGAUGGUUUUGUUUAUUUGUCAACUAAGUAUGAUGAGUAUACUGACGAACGUACUGGAUCUCUGCUAUCCCUCUGCCUGGAAACAGCAAAGCUAAGCAAGCUCUUUGGUGAUAGUACGUAUGUAAGCCCCGCACAUCCCUACAUCAUGGCGUGGCCUCCUUCUUUGGUGUGCAACAAGGGGGAUUCACAAACCAUGGUUAGUGGAGAGAGUGUUGCGGAUGCUGCUCCCGUGGGCAUGAAAGAAACUUCCUCUGUUCAUGCCUCAGCGUCGCCAUCCUACAAAUUUGAUUAA